GGUUAGGGAUGCACGGUCUUUUCCCUCCCAGAAGCCCGCGGGCUGCUAGGAACACCGUCCGUGUCAUGGCCGCGGGAGCCGGGACGGCAAGCCCCGCUUCCGGCCCGGGCGUCGUACGUGACCCGGAGGCGUCACAGUCGAAGAAGCGGCCCGGCCGGGAAGGCGGGGAGGGCGCGCGGCGAUCGGACGCGAUGGCGGGAGGAGGCGGGAGCAGCGACGGCAGCGGGCGGGUGGCAGGCCGGCGGGCGUCCCGCAGCGGCGGGCGGGCUCGGCGGGGGCGCCAGGAGCCGGGGCUGGGGGGCGCCACGGAGCGGGGAGCGGGGGAGGCACGGCUGGAGGAGGCGGUCAACCGCUGGGUGCUCAAGUUCUACUUCCACGAGGCGCUGCGGGCCUUUCGGGGUAGCCGGUACGGGGACUUCAGGCAGAUCCGGGACAUCAUGCAGGCUUUGCUUGUCAGGCCCCUGGGGAAGGAGCAUACCGUGUCCCGGCUGCUGCGGGUUAUGCAGUGUCUGUCGCGCAUCGAAGAAGGGGAAAAUUUAGACUGUUCCUUUGAUAUGGAGGCUGAGCUCACACCACUGGAGUCAGCUAUCAAUGUGCUGGAGAUGAUUAAAACGGAAUUUACACUGACAGAGGCAGUGGUCGAAUCCAGUAGAAAACUGGUCAAGGAGGCUGCUGUCAUUAUUUGUAUCAAAAACAAAGAAUUUGAAAAGGCUUCAAAAAUUUUGAAAAAACAUAUGUCCAAGGACCCCACAACUCAGAAGCUGAGAAAUGAUCUCCUGAACAUUAUCCGUGAGAAGAACUUGGCCCACCCUGUUAUCCAGAACUUUUCCUAUGAGACCUUCCAGCAGAAGAUGCUGCGCUUCCUGGAGAGUCACCUGGAUGAUGCAGAGCCCUACCUCCUCACGAUGGCCAAGAAGGCUUUGAAAUCUGAGACUGCUGCCUCAAGUACAGUGAAGGAAGAUAAACAGCCAGCACCAGAGCCUGUGCAAAAGCCACUCAGAGAACCUGCAAGGCAGUUACGGAGUACUCCAACCACCAUUGGAAUUAUGACCUUGAAAGCAGCUUUCAAGACUCUGUCCAGUGCACAAGAUUCUGAGGCAGCCUUCUCAAAACUGGACCAGAAAGAUCUGGUAUUUCCUAAUCAAGUGUCCCUACCAUCACCAGCCCUCAAAAACAAGAGACCAAGAAAAGAUGAAAAUGAAAGUUCAGCCCCUGCUGAGGGUGAGGGUGGCUCUGAACUGCAGCCCAAGAACAAGCGCAUGACAAUAAGCAGAUUGGUUUUGGAGGAGGACAGCCAGAGUACUGAGCCGAGCGCAGGUCUCGACUCCUCCCAGGAGGUCGUCCCAGCAUCACCAUCCAAGCCCACCGUUCUCAACCAGCCCCACCCUGGGGAGAAGAUUCCCAAAGUACCCAAAGGCAAGUGGAACAGCUCUAAUGGGGUUGAAGAAAAAGAGACAUGGGUGGAAGAGGAUGAACUGUUUCAAGUUCAGGCAGCACCAGAUGAAGAGAGUACAACCAGUAUAACAAAAAAGCAGAAGUGGACUGUAGAAGAAAGCGAGUGGGUCAAGGCUGGAGUGCAGAAAUAUGGGGAAGGAAACUGGGCUGCCAUUUCCAAAAAUUACCCAUUUGUUAACCGAACAGCUGUGAUGAUUAAGGAUCGCUGGCGGACCAUGAAAAGACUUGGCAUGAACUGAAACAGGCUUUCAUUUCCACAGAAUUCACAGGAGCAUGGUUCCUAAUAAUAGCCCCUGAUAGUCUGUUGUUUCUUUCAGAAGCUGGGCUGGGAUGAGAAUUUUGGGCAUCCUCCUCCAACGUGGGGGAGGUCCCAGUUCUACUUCAUCGAUGUUGGAGAUCAUGGAGCUGAGAAACAAAGCCAAGUCCACCCCAUGUCCUUGGCAGAGAUGACAGGCACAUAGCUUGUACAGUGCCAGAAUAUCAUUAGUAUUUCCCUUCUUUAGUGGUUUGCUUGAAUUUAAAUCCCUGGUAAUCAGUAGAACCUUCUCCUAGGAAAUGGUGGAGUCUGUUAGGAGCCACUUAUGACUCUGACCUGUUAAAACCAGCAACAUGAGCAUUAUUUGGAGUGAACUUGUUCCAGGUAAAGCUUUGGCCUUCUGAUGCAAAUGCAGAGGAACUUCAUCUGUCAUGAACUCAGGCUGAUGAGAGCCCAGUCCUGGUGGAAUCAGAGUCUCUUUUAAAAACUCUUUAGCCAGUUGUAACAUCAACAUCCAGAUCUGACAGCCUUGGCAUUUGCUCUUAAUAUUUGCUGGGCUACAUAGGCAGGUUUAACCUCCACCUCUCCUGUGGUUGAACCAGUGUGUUUUUUUUGUAAAACGGUGAUUGUAGAUAAGCUUAGCCUUUUCCUCCAUCCCCUCUGCCCAAUUCCCUUCCUUAUGCUGGACUUUUAAAGCUUAAAAAAUCCUGACUGAAUAUAAAUGCUUAAUUCCAUUCUUUGUGAAAUGGUUGCUUCCGCCUGAUUCCCUUAUUGUGCUGUGUUAGUGUCUUGCUCUAAAAGUCAACAUUCCCUUCUCCUUUUGUACUGUGUCGUGCUUGCUGUCUCUCUCGGACAUCCUUAAAGACUGUCUUUUUGGCACACACACACAAAAAAUCAGUAAAGUGUUUUCUGUAAUCUUUUUUUAAAAUAUGAGAACUAAAUACUGUCCAUAACUUGUAGCAUUCUUCAUUAAAGUCUUGCUUCUCUCAAAUGUUAAGUAGCUAUUUAAUUCCAGCACAGCAUGUAUGAGCAGUUGGAGGUAGCAAAAUUGUUAAACAAGCUUUGCUGAACCAUGCUGACUAUGUUAAGACGCUGAUGUCAGACUGUAUUGGAUGUUUUAAUCCUUGAAAGCCAUGUCAAACAGAAAUGUGGGAAUGUCCUCUUAAUUUGUCCAUACCCUCAUAUAACAUAUUUUUGGGACAAAGUUCCCCCUUUCUCACUUUUGAGUCAGUGAAAGGCAAGGUUCAGUUUUAAAAUUCAUCCUGUAGGUACAAGUUAGAAACUUUGUAUAGCUUUAUUAUCUAUUUACAUGUUUUGGGAUUUGGUACUACUGUCUUUUUUUUUAAGUUAACCCCAAAUGAAGCUACAGUGAAAGGGUGAAACUCUCGAUCCCUCCUGAUCUGGUUGCAGCUAUUUGUGGUCUUCCUCUAAAAGUGGUUAGGAUCCAGGAGCUUUUAUCUCUUCCACGCUUAACAUUAUUAGACUACGCUCUCUGGGUAGAAGAGUGACACUGUGAUACAUUUAAGGAAGCAGAAUAUCCUUAUCAGUGAUUCUCAAAUUGAGAAAUGCAUAAGUCCAUUAACACUUAUAACUUCAGGGGUAUUUUUAUUAUACUAUUCCUGAAAUGUGUACAAACAUAAAACUAUGUUUUACAUAGUUUACACCUUCUAUAGAACUAUAAUAUACACUAUGAACUGAUGAUUGUUUUGCUGAAUCUAAGUCACUGCUCAUGACAUGGGUAGUGUUGGGACUGUAGCAAUGAUAGGAUGUGGGUGGGGAUGCUUGUGCAUUGGGAAGUGAUCCCAGUCUCUCCCACCUUCACCUUAGCAAGACUGAUGCAGAGCCACUGUGCCUGCAGAGUACUGUGAUGUUACGUGGCCUUUGCUAGAAGUGAAUACAGUUAUGAGGUCUGUUCUUUGCUUAUUAGUUUAUGACACUUAAGGAAUUACCACUUGGGAGUCAAUGCAAUGAAGCAAUACGUGGUAAGAAGGUGCUGAUGCUGUUUUGUUUUUUUAAGAUUAUGGCUGAAACCAAAAUAUUUAGGCACUGUCAGCGCUCAGACUGACAGAAACACUGUCCUGAUAGAUAAGAGCGUGAGACCCACUCGGGGCCCCAGCUGCACCAGCUUUGCUUCUGGGACACAGAGCUGGCCAGUGGAAUCUCUGAAUGUCCCAUUUCCUCAUCUCUAAGGCAGUAGGUAAUGGUAUCUCCCUCCCAGGGCUGUUGUGAGAACAUAUAGGAAGCAAGUAAAUCACUUAGCUCAAUGCCAGCCAUGAAGUCAGUGGUUGUUCAAUGAGCCUUUUCCCUGCUGAAGAAGUCAUAAAUAAAGGAGGAAAGAUUGAAGGUUUGAACAAUAUAAAUACUCUUUAAGUUGGUUUCUCGAUAGCUUUAGAAGAACAGAUCAGGGGGAAAGUAGAACGAGAAUGAUCAGUGGAGAAGUUUGACCACUGCCUCUUGCUCACUUUAUUUGUCCAUUAAAAUUUUUGCACACACUUCUAUGCUAUGCUUUUUGCUAAGAUCUAGCACUGGGCAGAAAAUAUUCUGUUGAAAGAGGUUUGCCCCACAUAUCUUACUGAAGCAGCAAUAGGUAUCACCUAGCAAUUUGAUACGAACAGGAGAAACAAAUCUCUCCAGGCAAACUUUGUCCGUAUAUUCAGAUGGUUGUAAAUAAACUUGGCCAAUGUUUAUUCCUAAGAACUGAAAAAUGAUAACCUAAAGGAAGGACAGAAAUACCUCUUCUGAAGUAGAUUCUGUCUAGCACCCAUGAAGUAGGUUUGGUAAGCCACUGAGUUUUUGAGGUAAAAACAAAAACUUCCUGUGAGCCAAGCAUGGGGAUAUAUCAUGCCAGUUCUAUUAUGGAAUAUCCAUGUGUGACCCUGAAACUGGCCUAAGUGUGACUUGUAAGUUAAUGAUUACCCUAGCAGUUGUCUAAACUACUUGGUUUCACUAGACUGCAAGCACUUCACCUGCAGAGGAGUCUCCAGAAAGCAGCAUGUUCCCUUUGCUCUUUGGGGCUGGACUGGUGGUUCUGAACCUAGUGACUUCUGCUAGGAGCCAGGAACCCCUUAGUGGCUCUGGGGACCAGCUGCUCUUCCAUGGAGCAGAUCGAUCUGACUUUGCCAUCAUGAUCCCUCCAGCAGGCAUAGAAUGCUUCUGGCAAUUUGCCCGCCAGACUGGAUACUUCUAUUUCAGUUACGAGGUGCAACGGACACUGGGAAUGUCACAUGACCGACAUGUUGCUGCCACUGCACAUACCCCACAGGGUUUCCUCAUAGACUCCUCUCAGAAUGUUCGAGGCCAGAUAAACUUCUCUAUCAAAGAGACAGUGUACCUCAAUUUUGGAGUCUUCUAUGAGGGGCCUGAGAUGGACCACAAACAGAAGAAUGAAAGAAAACAACUGAAUGAUACUCUGGAUGCAAUUGAGGAGAGUACACAGAAGGUGCAAAACAAUAUCUUUCACAUGUGGAGAUACUACAACUUUGCCCGCAUGAGGAAAACGGCUGACUUUUUCCUUCUCCAAUCAAAUUAUAACUAUGUGAACUGGUGGUCGACAGCUCAAAGCCUCGUUAUUGUUCUUUCUGGAAUCCUGCAGCUUUAUUUCUUAAAGCGUCUCUUCAAUGUCCCGAAGACUACAGACACAAAAAAGCCAAGAUGCUAAGCCAAAAUGACUACAGCACCUUAACUCUUUUCUUCUGGGGCAGACGCUUUGUCAAAGUUUCAGUCAAAUAAGCUUUGUAAAGUUACUGGAAAAAAUCAAUUUAUCUUGUUAGAACAUCUUAGUCUAUUGCUCUCCUUUCCUCUCCAAUUGCCUCAAAAUGGCAAUAAAAUAAUAAAUGUGCAAGUUUUGAUAUUAA